AUGGAUUAUUUUCUCGUAGGAAAAUAUGAAAAUGAACUCUACAAACAUGGUGCACUGAUUUCGGACCUUCAUCCAACGGUAUACACAUGCCCAUCCGAAGUGGCCAGCGACAUCGCGAAGCUUGACUUCGAUAUUCAGCAGUUGCUGGCCCAUAUCGAAUGCCCAGGUGAUGCUUCAACACGGGCAUCACGAUUUGAAGAUCUCGGAAGGACAUUUUUCUCCCGAUGGAUAGCGAGGGGAGCGACCCCAGAUCUCGAAAACAGCAUCGAGAAUCUUCAGGCGGCACUAGCCUUGACACCACCAGAAGCGCCCCUACAAACAGACAGAGAGGCGGGGCUGUUUAAGGCUAUGCGUGCAAAAGUUAUCGCAUCAAAUGAUAAAGUCUAUACAGAUGUUUACAUUCGGUCACUGCAGAAUUUGUUGCAGAGCAUCGGCUCCAAGUAUCUUCUACCAUUAGCUGAGGCAUAUGGAAUAAGGUGGAUCCAAUUCCGUGAUGCCGAAGAUCUCGACGAAUAUACGCACUUGCUUCAAGAAGUCCUAGAUCUCCCAUCCAGUCGUGAUGACUUACGCCGGAGACCCCUUAUGCUCUUAGGAGGGUCAUAUGUCACGAAACAUAAAGUAACGGGCGAUUUAGGCCACCUCGAUGCAUGUUUCGAACUAUAUCAAGAGGCACUAGAUAUUCCAGCGAAUACCAUUGCAGCUACUAUUGAGCGAGCAUUAGUACUGGAAGGCCUAGGGGAGGCCUUCCGAACGAGAUUCUUUCGGUUGGGAGAUCCGAAAGAUGCUGAGUUAUCUCUUCGUUGGUGUGAGGAAGCGGUCAACACAAUUCCGUUUGAUUCAUCCCCUAUAACACAAUUCAAUCUGAAAUCAUCGCUUGCAUUAUGCUAUGCUGUUAGAUUUGGACAGCAUCAAUCAAUCGUAGAUGUUAAUAUCUCGAUUCGAAUUCUGGUUGAUGCUCUGCGCAUCUUACCGGAAAAUGAACCACUUCACUCAUCAGGAAACCUGAAGCUAGCGCAGCUUUUUCAAGCAAGAUAUGACCAACGACACGACGUAGAGGAUCUAGACCAGACCAUUUCACUAUCGAAAAAAGCGGCUGGUAAUAGCCCACACAGCCGAAAGUCCGAAAUUCAGUUACUACAUGUUCUCGCCAAAGCAUUGAAUUCCAGAUACAGGCAACUAGGACAUAGCGAAGAUGUUAAUGAAUCCAUUGAGAAACUAUCUAAAGCUCUGUCUCUCACCCAGGGUCAAGAUAAAACUUUUCAGCCAGAACUUCUUGAGACUCUUGCAAAUUCGUAUGAGUUUAAAUACCGAAGACUUGCAUCUCUAGAAGAUCUUGAAAUGGCAAUAAGUUAUCGGAACCAAAUUAUUACUCUCCUCCCUACAGGCCACUCAGAGCUACCAACAGCAUACUCCGCACUCGGAAGUUUAUACGAUGAUAAAUCUGAAAGAACAAAAACAGAAGAGGACUAUGAAAUGACCUUACAGACGUACCAGAGAGCGGUAGAUACAGCUCUAGAAAAUGACCCAACUCGAGUUCUUUAUCUCCAAUACCUUGGCAUAGAAUACCAGAAGCGGUUUCAACGACUUAAUAGUCAAUCGGAUCUACAUGCUGCAACUAGAACGGGCUGGGAAGAGUUUGGCCGACUGGCUGGUAGAGGUGGGGAAUCCUUCAGCUGCGUACCAGGUCGCUACUGA